CCCAGACCCCCCACGAUCACUGUCCUCUGAUUGAACCAAGCUCUAACCCAUGCCUCAAGCCCCGCCACGGGCUUUUCGACCAAACAUAUCCACCACCUUCUCCAAUGCUCCUGAUUCCGUACUCCUAGCAUUUCCUCUUCUUCGUCCCAAGGUUUGCAGAUGUCCCGUGGAGAGGGCUGGAUCAGGUAAACAUGGAGCACAAGACUCCUGUUGCCGCAAAGAGCACAGCACCACUGAGCAGCAAUCUCCUCUCAUCACCACCCAGAUUGUCUUCGAGCCGAGGCAAGGAACGUCGAAACCCGUCCAUCACUCCCCGAAAGUUCAGGCAGUUCUUUACUCCCCGUUCCCGAGUCUCAUCAAAGCCAAGUGCCGCUAGGAGGGCCCUUCGUGACCUGACUGCUCCCUCUCUUAAUCGAUGCCACACCCCCAGCAGUCCAUUGAAGCCGAUUUCCGAGUCCGAUGUGGUAUCGGGCGAGUCUGCCGGCGUGGAUUCCAGCCGGGCACUCAAACGGCGGAAAACAAAUCACAUUCCGGCGACCUCUCCUCUACAGCCCGCGUUUCUAAAUCCGUCACCGACCCUACUCGACUUCCAAGCUAGUCGACCGGCCUUGUUGAGCCCGCUUCAUUCUCCGCAUGCCGGCAGCCAAUCUAGCCGGGCUUUCGACGCCUUUGAGGACGGUGACUUCGAGAACGGUGACUUUGACGAUGAGUCUGACAAUGAGCUACCGUUGAUGCAACUUCCGAUCAGGCGGCUGACGCCAUUGACAAGUCGCGGCAUGUCUGGCCAGCUGGUCCAGCGUAUGACUGGUGGAAUGCCCCGGAGUGGCCACCAGUCUAUGUCAUACCCCGUUGCAGACUGGAGAACCGAGACGGCCGACUUCUGCAGCACUCCAGAGGACGUACAUAUGUGUUCCAGCCACGAGGGAGCAGCACGGUGCAUCCCGUUCUGCACUGCGAGCUGUCACAAUAAUAGUCUGGUAGCAGUGGGAGACGAAGAGGGCCACGUAAGACUUCUUGACUCGAACAAAUCUUUCGACAAGAUACAUCUCUCGUUCCAAGUCCACAGUAAUGCCAUAAUAGACCUCGACUUCUCCGAGGAUGACUACGUUCUGGCCACCGCGUCCGGCGACCAGACCGGGAAAGUAAUAGACAUGAUGACCCAGGCGCCUGUGUCUGUUCUCGGGCACCACACCGCGUCUCUGAAACAAGUCCGCUUCCAGCCUGGGAGAGGCGGUGGCAGCGUUCUCGCCACGUCCAGCAGAGACGGCAGCGUCCAGAUCUGGGACUUACGCUGCCGUGGCGGGCCCGUCCAAGAAAUUUCCAUUGAGCGAGAAACCGCCCUCCGAUACCGCCUCCCGCCGCGGAUCAACCCCGGCUGCGUCGUCAACAGCGUCUACGACGCCCACGCCCGCACGCCCCGGCAGCCCCGGCAGCCAUACCACCAGGCCGACCCCUCUGUCGACAUCGCCAGCCGCAGCGAGGUGCCGGGUCGCAUCGGCGAGGUGUCAGUCACGGCUAUCCAGUUCCUGCCCGCGGGGCGCGAACACCUGCUGCUCUCGGCCUGCGAGGCGGACGCGUCGAUCAAGCUGUGGGACAUCCGGUCCAUCCACACGUCGCGGCACCACAAGAGCAGCACGCCCAUCUCCUACACCAAGCCGCCAGACAGCCACACGACAUGGCGUCCCUUCGGCAUGUCCUCCAUGGCCCUCGGCUCCGACGGCGCCCGGCUCUACGCCCUGUGCAAGGACAACACCGUCUACGCGUAUAGCACCUCGCACCUGGUCCUCGGCCAUGCCCCCGAGCUGUCCGCCAGGGCCACGACCGAGCCCCCGCGAAGGAGAGCCCACGGCACCGAGCAGGAAGGCCUGGGCCCCAUGUACGGCUUCCGCCACCCGCUGUUCCACGCGACGAGCUUCUACGUCAAGGCAGACGUCCGGCCCGCCCGCGACGGCAGGCCCGAGCUCCUCGCCGUCGGCAGCAGCGACGGAUGCGCGGUGCUCUUCCCGACCGACGAGCGCUACUUCCGCGCCGACCUGGGCGCCUUUCCGUCGCCGGUGGCGCAGCAGGUCUCGUCACCACCAACCACCACCAACGCCUUCGGGGGAAGAAGCCUCCUCGCCUCAGCCACCGACCUCACGGCGGAUGGGCCACCGUCGUCGUUGUCGGGCCCAGGGCAGCGGCGCGGCCUCGCGCGGGCGAACAGCAUGACGACGAACCUGUCGGCGCGGCUGGUGGACACGGUCCCGAUCGUCAGGAACGGGACGGCGCUGGUGCGGGGCCACGACAAGGAGGUGGGCUCGCUGUCAUGGACGAGCGGCGGCGCGCUCGUCACCGUCGGGGACGACUACCUCGUGCGGUGCUGGGACGAGUCGAGGGCCCGGGCCACGGGGCUGCGGAGGGGCGGCGAGACGGGCGGGCAGAGGUGGGCCUGCGGGUGGGCUGAUGUCGGGGAGGAGUGGGUGGGUGAUGAGGAUGAUUGGUGA